UAAUGAUGAUGAAAUAAGUAAAAGUAAUUAAGUAUAUAGCUUAAAAUUAGUUUAUGCUUAGUAUAAUGGUUCAAAAUAUUCCCACUUAUAGAUUUCCUACACAAAUUCAACCACCUAUACCUUAAUAAGUAGAUUAAAAUUAAAAUCAGCAAAAAUUUACAUAAGAAUAAUAGUAAUAAAUCUAUGAGGAUUUUAAAACCAUAUUAAAAGGAUAAGAAUAUGAUAAGGCCUUGAAUUUUCUAUGUAAUAAGUGUAAUAAAAAUAUUUUUAGAAUAAUAUAAAGAUAUGGAUUUAGUAAACGUAGUUGAUUAACAAAGCAAACAAAUUUGUUCCUACAUUGUUGUAUAAUUUGAUAAUGAAGGUUUGGCAUUAAAAUUUCUGUCUUUAUUGACUGAUUUUAGGGUUAAUUUAAAUUUUAAGGAUUCAUUAAAAUAGUCAAUAUUAUUUUAUAUAUGCAGAGAUGGUAAAUUGAAAUUGCUUGAUUUUGUAUUGUCUUAGAAUGCAGUUAAUAUAAAUGAUCAAGAUUAAUAUGGAUAAACACCUUUAUUUUAUGCAGCCAGAGAUAAUAAAAUAGAUAUUGUAACAAGGUAUACCUUAUAUAUUUGAUAUAUAUAUUAGACUUGUUUAAGUUGGAGCCAAUGUUAAUUUAGUAGAUACUCUUUCAAAUCAAACAGCAUUAUUUUAUUCAGCAAGAGAAGGAAAUGCUGAAAUUUGUAAAAUUUUAAUAGAUGUAAAAUAUUUAAAUAUUUAGAAUGGUUGUAAUCCAAAUCAUUAAGAUUAACAUAAAAAGACAGCUUAAUUCUUUGCUAAGAGAUUUUAGAGAAAGGAAGUAAUGGAAUUGUUCAAUUCUUAUUUUGGAAAAAGUAAAGAUGAUUAUAAACAAAAUUCUAAUUAUAAUAAUGAAAAUAGUAAAGGAGAAUAACCAAAAUAAUAAAAGAAGAAAAAUAAAGAUUUGCCAAAGUAAGCCUAUAAAUUAAUGUUUACUGAUGAAUAUGGUAAUCUAUAAGAAGUAACAUCAUCUGAAUUUGCUAAAUUUUAAUAAUAAUACCCUUAAAUAGCUAAUCUAAUAAUAAAUGCAGAUGAAUUAAUAGAUGAAAAUGUUUUAAAUUCUAUGAAAGAUGAUGAAUUAUGGGAAAAAGUAGCUAAAAAAGUGUUAUAAAUAUUAUGGAAAACAAAAGGAGCAUAAUUAUUUCAUAAUCCAGUAGAUGAAAAAAAGUAUGGUAUAAAUGAUUAUUAUGAUAUUGUAAAAAAACCAAUGGAUUUUGGAACUGUUAAGGUAUUUAAAUUAUCUAUUAAAAUUAAAUAGUAAAAACUAAAUGCAAAUUAAUAUAAAAAUUGUAAAGAAUUCUAUAAUGAUAUCAUGUUAGUGUUUGACAAUUGUAUAUUAUAUAAUGGAUCAGAAAAUGAUAUUGGUUAGAUGGGAAUUGCAUUAAAAUAAGAGUUCUUGAAUUAAGUAGAAUAGACUGGUCUAAAAAAACAUUUAUCAUGA